ACGAACUGGUCCUUUCUUUGCUUACAUUGGGAUUGCAGAGGGGCGCCGCUACCUAGCCUGCAUCACCUGCGGAAGCAUAGUUACCAGAACUCGCAUUACAGGUUUACUGUUGCUUAUACAGUAGGACACUUUUUCAUGAAUGCUUGCAGAGCUUAGGUCUUUUCCAAAGUAGCAAUAGGCAGGAUUGGUGAUUAUCCUUGACAUAGGAGCGGAGACACCAUGGCGGCGCCGCUGCUCGACCCGCUACUUGCAAAGAUGCAGCAGACAAAGCUAACGGCUGCCAGGGCAGCUGGUGUCCUGCGCGCAGCAUUUCCGGCGGAGCGGGCGACCGAAAACAACAUUGCAGUGCAGCUGCCACGGCGGGAUGUGCCUACUUAUGUCUUACCAAACAACAAAGCGCAGCCCUGGGAGCUGCUGCCCAUGAAGGCAGCAGCGAUGGCUGAGUACCCAAACUUUUUCAACAACAGCUGCACGUUCUUCGGCAGCAUGAAGCGUGAUAUUGUCAACGGGCUACCGUUCUGCUUGCUACGCCCAUCCCGCCUUGCAAUCGACCUGUCAAAGGUAGUCCGGAACCUAGGCAUCGUCGAUGGCUUUGAGGUAGUCCAGCGACGCCGAAAGCUUGGCCAACACGACUUCGUCUGGACCAGCGACCAGCCGGAACCAGACCACAUCUACGAUGUCGCGCUCUUCAAGCAGCGGCUCAUCCGCCUGCACCUGCGCACCGACCUCUACAGCCUCAACGCCACCAGCGGCUCCUGCGCAGCCACCCCGCUGCCUCCCUCCGCGCAGCUCGCCCCUGCCUUCGGCCUGCUGCCGCUGUCCGUCAAGAACGUCAGCAAGGCCUCGCAGCCCGUGCUCAUGUACCCGCGGCAGCUGGAGCAGGCGCGCGAGCGGCUGCCCGCGGGCGUGUUCGUGUGCUACCACCACGAGCUGGGCCUCAUCACGGACGCGGUGGCGGAGCUGUACGACGUGCCCGCGCUGGUGGCGGCGCACGUGGGGCUGCCGCUGAGCCAGGUGGUGCAGAUCCGCGGGGCGCUGCGACUGAAGGCGAAGGAGGAGGCAGGGCGGCCGCUGCGGCAGGUCACACCGCUCAAGUCCUGGAACAUGGUGGAGGCGGUGCGGCGGCGCAUGGUGGACCGGCUGGCAGUGGCGGAGCAGCCCGCGGAGGUGGAGGCGGAGGCGGCAGCGGAGGCGGUGGAGGGGUCGCUGCAGGCGCGGAUGCAGGAGCUGCGGGACGCGGCCAGGCAGGAGCAGCAGCAGGCCAACAAGCAGCUGAGUGCGGCGCUGUCCUCCGCGCAGGAGCUGGAGGACGGGCUGCUGGCGUGGCGCGUGCUGCGGAGCGGGGUGCUGCGACAGGGGGGCGCGGGGGCGGCGGGCGAGCAGCAGCAGCAGCAGCCGCAGCGGCAGCAGGAGGGGGAGCAGCGGAGGCGCUGGCGUUAGGGGCGGCGGGAGUGGUUUGACGGGCUGGCAGGUUAUUGAUGUCGCGGCUGUGUCGGUGGAAGGGUGCGUGAACUCCGCGUGAUGUGGCGUGCUAGGGUGAACAGGUGGCUUAGCGGACGUGGGGCUGCGUGGAGUUAAGAAGCAUGAGCGGAGGGAUGACGCGUCCUGGGUUACAUCUUGACGAGGGGGUGCCUGAGCGGGGGGGCACUGCGGACUGCCGUACAAGCACAAUGUAAACCUCGAGAGGUUUACGAACUUCCCUGCGGAAACCCCGCACACAGAACUACCGGUAUGGCUGAGGUACCCAGCAGCCGCCGCCUUGCCAAGCACCUGCUAGGCACUGUUGGUAGAAAGAAUACAUGCGCACAUGCAUCAGCCCACACGUCCCGCGGAGCACAGCGCUCUUGUCGUGGGGCGGCAUGUGUCGCUGGGGUGCGCUACCUCUGCAAUGGAAGUCAAGCCGCCAUGCGCCCCUUAGUGCCAUCACGCGCCGCCGUGCGCCCCUUUAAAGCGACCUAUGUCUUUCGGCAGAGCAAUUUAAUGAAG